AUGGCUCCACCUCUGUCAUUCUCUGUCAUGAAAUGCAAGCCUUCAGCAACAGAAAAUGGUCCUUAUGAUUAUACUCGAAGUGGAAAUCCUGCACGAGAUGUUCUUGAAAGCCUUUUGGCCAAGCUGGAUAAAGCAGAUCGUGCUUUUUGCUUCACUAGUGGAAUGGCUGCUCUGUCUGCUGUAGCCCAUCUUGUUGGGACUGGUGAAGAGAUUGUUGCUGGAGAUGACAUUUAUGGUGGUUCUGAUAGGUUGCUGUCAAAAGUAAUUCCAAAGACAGGGGUCGUGGUGAAACGAGUUUAUACAACUAGUUUAGAUGAAAUAACAUCUGCAAUUGGUCCCUGGACAAAGCUUGUCUGGCUGGAGAGUCCCACAAAUCCUCGACAAAUGGUUUCUAAUAUUCGUGAAAUAGUUAAAAUGGCUCAUGCUCAUGAUGCUCUUGUCUUGGUGGAUAACAGUAUAAUGUCUCCUGUAGUGUCACAACCUCUGGAACUAGGAGCUGACAUUGUUAUGCACUCAGCUACCAAGUUCAUUGCUGGGCACAGUGAUGUGAUGGCAGGUGUACUGGCUGUAAGAGGGGAAAGGUUAUGCAUGGACUUUCGUUACUGUGAACUGAUGGUUGGACAUCUCAAGAAGGAUUGCCCAAGGCUAAGGGAGCUUGAGCAAAAGUGGAUAGACAGCUCGACUCCAGCUCGAGUGUUUAUUCCGGAGCAGUCAGAGUCUGGGACUGAGACUAGCUCCUCAGGAGUGGCAGGUCAAGACAAGGUAUCAGGAAUCUGUAAGGUCAUAGCUGCCUUUAAGUAUUUUGCAAUGGAAAUAAGAAAGCAUCGUGAUGGGUUUCGCGGUGGGGCUACCCAGGAAAGUGGGUCAGCAUUAUUGAUUUGGGCUAUUGUGGACCAGUAUUCAGAUCUCUAUGUGAAAGAGAUAAUGUGCCUUCUUGAGAGUUAA